UAAAAAAUGCUGCUAUUUUAGAAGAAGAAUAUUUUGUAACACCAUUGCAAACUAUUUCAAAAACACAAUGCAAAUAACAAAUAUAUUAAAAGAAUUAAGUCCACAUUUUAUUAACUUUACAACACAAGGACUUAAAUAUGGACCUCAAGGUAAAAUGUUAUUGAAAAACCUUGAAGAACAAUGGUUUUUACAUUGUAUUACAAUGUCACGUUAUAAUAUGUUUUUAUCAGAUGAAUUUAAUGAUACUAUAAACUUCAUUAUAAAAACUGAAAUGAGUGAUAUACCAUUUGGAUUAGCUACAGUAAAAAAUUCAAAAUAUCAAUGGGAUUCUAAUAUAUUAACUAUACAAAAAUCAAAUUUUCAUAGAACUGCAGAAACAGCUAUUUUUAAUAAUGAUGCAGAAACAAAAGAUUUAUUUUAUAAAGUACAAAAAGAACGUAAAAUUUGGUGGCGAAAAUUAGCACAAAAUCCUUCUAUAUUUAAACUAACUGAAGCAAAAAAAAUAAAAAAUUAUACUAUAGUUGAUAUUGAAGCACAAUUUUCAUUUGGCAAUCUUACAUUAGAAAGAAUAACUUACCAUACAGAUGUUCAAAAACUAUUCUCUCAGGUUAAUAGUAAAAAAGAUUUUAUCAACAUACAAAUGGUUGAACAAAGAAUGUCUUUAGAUUGGGGAUGUUUAGCACUACUUUGUGACAUAUGUGAUAUGAAUAACUCGACUACAAUGCAUCUUCAUUCCAAAUUAGCACCACACAAAGUUGCAUUUCAUAUAAAAAAAUCAAAUGAUAAAGAGAACAUUCAAAAUGAUGAUUUAAAUCGCUUUGUACUUUACUUAAAUAACAUCUUAAGGACAAAAGGCCUGAAUACAAUAUUAACCAGUUCAGAAAAAAUUAUAGAUACAUGCUUGGUACCUUUCAUAAUUUCUGUUAAUACGACUAGUCUUGAAAAUGGCAUUAUAUAUAUAAAAGAUAGAGCAACAACUCUAAGUGAAGCAAUACAUGUAACCGAUUUAGUAAAGUAUAUAAGUCUGCGUUGUUAAUCAACUAAUGUGAUUAUUUGAAUAAAAUUAAUAUAUCAAAAAUUGAAAAUA